AGUCCUAUUUAACAACCGCUACAGCUAACUUUUAGGCUAAUUACAUUUUAACGAGUUAUUUGGAUUUUCACAUGCCUUUCAACUGGUGACAGAGACUAUUUAUUUGUUACUGGACCUUCAAUAACAAUAUUAACCACGUUUAUUGACUCUACUCUAAUUCAUCCGAAGCUAACAUGUACAUCAAAUGAACUAAAAUUGCCACAAUGUUGCUGUGUAGCUAAUGAAAUGGGGUGUAUGCACUGCGCCUUUACAAAACGUUAUUGAAUCUGUGUUGAAGGAAUUCAUUUAAAAGUAUUUUAUUUUCUAUAAUUAAAUUUUAAAAAACAAUACUGUAAAUUGCCGAUUAAACCAGUUUAAUGUUAGUGCUGACGUAAGGCGCUGGUUGCUAUGGAGCGUCUAUAUUCGAGACACUCGUUCCAAGGUCAACAUUUCACUUUCAGACACUGAAGGAGAAACUUCACUCGACGAUUUCUGAAAAACUGUACAAGUGACCAGCGAAAUACGGACCCACACUGACCUCAACUCACCUCUCUUACUGUUUCAUCAUGGAAAAUAUGUGUGAUGUGCCAACUCACCUCCAUGAUCACAUCUACUGGAGGAGAGAGCCCAGCAGGAGCCAGAGAAGCACCAACACCAACAAGGUCUUCAUACACCGCCUGGACGAUGAUCCGCCAACUAUGCAUUUGGUUCCGCCUCGGUCCGUGCUUUAAGUCAUCAGCUGGUGUGAACAGGAAGAGACGGAGGGAGCAGGAGAGCACCUCCAGAGCCCUGGAGGAGCCUCCGGAGAGAAGACUCUGUGAAAAUGCUGCUGUCCUGUCGGAGAGGAGCUCCAGCCCCCAGCCCUCCUCCUCUGCCCCACAGGCCAGCCUGGAGGGCGUCCAGCUGGAGGUUCAGGGAAGGACGGCAGGAGGAAGGCAGCAGGAGAUCCAGCCCAGAAUCCUCCAGGAGUCUGUAGAUGACAUUCAGCAUGAUGAUGUCACAGUCCCGCCCCUCUGGCCUGGCCCUUACGGACCCCAGCCCAGUGGACUCCCACCCUCUGCUUUUAAUGCAGUGGCAGAGAUGGUCAUGGCAUGGAUGACCCACUCUCCAUACGACCCAGAGAUGCGUGGCAGGAGAGCGGCUCCAGGCCAAAACUGUAGAGUGACAUGUCUGAACAGAGACAGGAGAGGCUGCUGGAAUGUGGCUGCUGUCACGGAUGGUCCGCAGAUGUGCUGCUGCAGGUCCCAGGACGAGAUCAGGGAGGAGGACAGAGACACUUUGUUGAAAAACAUGAUUUUUACAGGCAAAGCACACCUAGUUUGUUGUGAAGAUUUGAAGAUAUAUAGAAUAUUGAAGAUAUUCUUUGCCCCGUUCUCAUUUAACUUAAAUCAGUUUAGUGCUACUUACUCUGAUGUGUGCUAUACUGAAUUUUGGUCCUAAGAAUGUGGGUAAAUCCUCUUUAUGGGCAGACUUAUGGGUCUAUGAACUUCCCGUAUGGUACAACCUGAUCUAAUUGUUAGCUACAUGAGUAGUGAUUCUGAGAUAACAGUGCACCUUUAUCAGGUGUGGCACACACUGUCCAAACAUGCCUUAACUAUUACGUCUGUAUUUUUCUCUGCCCUCUAACGAUAACCUGAUCUUGACUGGAGGAAACAAACCCCGGAUUAUGAAUAAAGAGUCAAUGUGUUACAGCUUUACAUUAAUAUCAUACAGCUGAGAUGAAGUUAUUUCCUAACAGUUUGGAAGGGUUUUAGUAGAUAGAAGACACUGACCAAGCUGAUUAGAUGUGAUAAACACAAUGCUGAGG